AAUAUAGUUCAGAAUUCGCCACACAAAUACGUAAAAAUAUAGAAGAAUCAAAAAAAUUUACACAAUUUGGUUUUCUUACUAAAAAUGCAGAAGUUCUUGAAGCCUUACUUAAUGAAAUAGAUAACGGUGCCGAAUCUAAAGAUAAAUUAGACAAAAUGAAUGCUUCUGUAAAAAAAAUGUUAGAAUUAUACAAAUGGAAAGGUGAUGAUGGUAAGGACGAACUCGAAAAUAUAAAUAAUCUAGAAAAGUGCGUAGAAAAUAAUGAACCCUCAUUAGAUCUAUUUACAAAUAACGUGAUUGAUCUGAUCUUUAAAGGAUAUUUUGAUGUAAUACCAAAAUAUGCAAAAAUUGAUUAUGAUGAUAUCUGGAAUUUGUUUAACAAGAUAAAAAAUGCAAUUAAUACCGAAUCACUUGAAGAAAAUAAAUAUUAUGAUAAUAUAAUUGAAAAAAAUAAAGAAAAAUUAAAUUUUAAAUAUAAUGAUUUACAAAAUAUCAGAAAAACCAGACUAAAAUAUUUAAAAAUGUAUUACAACAUCCUAUCAUCAUUAGAUUGUAUGAUUGAAAUAUUACAAGAUAAAAAAUAUAUUAAUAAAAAAAUAAAUUUUAAUGCUAACUUACCAAACGACCUUUUGUCAAAAUUGGAAAAUGAAAAACAAACAAGAUUGAAUCAAAGCAUUAAAAUAUUAGAAAAUAUUAAGAUUUUAAUCACUAAAACACGUGUUCCAUCUGAUUUAGAACCAAAUAAUACAGUCUACAAAAAAAUUAAACAUAAAGAUUCAUGUUUAACUUUUUAUGAUAAAGAAAUACUGAGAAGAAUUGGUGAAAUUAUUGAUAUUAUUUACGAUAAAGUUUUAAAUGAAAUCAACAACAUCAAAAACCUUGAAGAUUUUAUCAUCGACUCGUAUGGUCAUGGUAAAUUGACUGAAAAUAUUCUAGCUUUGGAAAUGAUAGAAUAUAUUGAUAAAAUCAUAUUCAUACAUGAAGAAAACAGUAUCGUGUAUUACCAGGUUAUUAUAAAUAGAAUGAAUGCUUCUACAAACAAAGAAGAUUUUAAAGAUUGGGGAAAAAAAAAUUACAAAAUAUCUGAACCCGUCGUUCCACCUGUUAUUCCAGAAGAAGAUUAUAGACUUCCGUAUGAAAAGGUAGAAAUUACAGAAGACCAUGUUACAAGAAUAAGAGAAUGGCUUAUACAAAAACGAGAUUACAGAGGCAAAGCUGAUACUUUUGACACAAUCAUGGAUGAUUUUUGGGGUUUGAUUAACGGACGUAAAUUUCAACAAGAAACUGAUACUCACACUCUCGAUUUUGUUAAAGAAAUAUAA